CCUCUAAUUAUUGUAAAUCAACGCUACAAAACAGCGCACUCACCUUAGAAGAUCCUCUGACGUGUUUUUCAGCGAUCGUGUACUGUAGUGACAAAUCAAGUGGUUUCCCGAUAGCUGGUGUUCUCGUUUGGUGAUCACAACCGCAUCCCGUAUCAGUCAUGUCUUGGUUCUAUGUGCCGAAGCCGACCGUACACCCGGAGAUUGACUUCAAUCCAUCGCAGGAUGCGGCGUUACUUCGCAAAGCGAUGAAGGGUUUUGGAACAGACGAGCAGGCGAUCAUCGAUAUUUUGUGUUCGCGCAGUAACGCCCAGCGGCAGCUGAUUACGGCUGCCUUCAAGAACGAGCUGGGCCGCGAUUUGAUGAAGGAUCUGAAGUCCGAGCUGAGCGGCAAGUUCGAGGAUCUCAUCGUCGGGUUGAUGAUGCCACCGGUUAACUACCUGUGCAAGCAGCUGUACAAGGCCAUGGAUGGUAUCGGAACGGACGAGAAGGCAUUGAUCGAAAUAUUGUGCUCGCAGGAUAACGAACGGAUGCACGAGAUCGUACGCACGUACGAUGAAAUGUACAACCGCCCGCUGGCGGAGCAUGUGUGCUCCGAAACGUCUGGCAGCUUCCGGCGGUUACUGACACUGAUCAUCACUGGCACGCGCGAACCGAUGUCGUCGUGCAAUCCGGAUCUUGCCGUUGAACAGGCGAAGCAAUUGUACGAUGCCGGCGAGGGUCGGAUGGGAACGGAUGAAUCGGUGUUCUACAAGAUUCUGGCACACGCCUCGUUCGCCCAACUCGAGAUGGUGUUCGAGGAGUACAAAAAGUUAACCGGUCGUACGAUCGAGCAGGCCCUCAAGGCCGAAGUGAGCGGGGACUUUUACGAGGCGCUUAGCGCGAUCGUCGAAUGCGUGCAGAUGGCACCGCAUUACUUCGCCAAGAAGUUGUUCCUGGCCAUGGACGGGGUCGGCACGGAUGACAAAACGUUGAUCCGUAUUAUCGUCAGCCGGUCCGAGAUCGAUCUUCAGAACAUUAAGGACGAGUUCGAGCAGAUGUACAACAAGACCUUAGUCAGUGCAGUCAAGAGCGAAACAUCCGGUGACUACAAACGCGGCCUAUGCUGCCUGAUAGGCAACGCUUAGAGUAAUCUCUAAUAUUCGAUAAUAAUCUAUUAUAAUAAUCUCUAAUAUCUCUCCAUCAUGUCGGCAAGAUAUUUUAAACAACAAAACGCACUAUUAGCAUCGUAUGCGUUUUAAGUUCGCAAGGAUUUAAACAAAGCGUACACAGCGCCGCCAAAUAUGUUUUUAAGUGCCAAUUUAUUUAUCAAUAGCCGACCUCAAACAUUCUUUUUUACAUG